UCGACCAGUCUUCAUUACAAAACAAAAAUAAAAGCAGACGCCCCCGCCGAUUCCUGCUUGCUGCCCCGCCUGACGCGCCACACUCUAGCACCCGCGCGGGGCCCCGGUCGCACCCCGGAGCCAAGCGGAUCGGGUGGGCCACUUACGUCAAGGCUUUUCGGUAUAUUUCCCACCACUCAGCGAGCCUUAUCUCAAUACUGCGCAUCCUGAGUGGCCGAGUAGAUAGGUUGAUUAACUGUUAUUGUUGGUGUCCGGUCGCUUCCCUACCUCCCACGGCCCUUGGCUUCCCGCUCGACGCUUCUCCCUUACGCCCUCGACCCAACCAUAGGGCCUAUUCGUCUCAGCCUCCGUUUAUGUGGAUGGCAGUUACGUCAUUAAUCGUGAUGACCUUGUGUCUCACUGUGGGUCAGGUCACCAGCGCUGCGACGGACAAGAAAACAGAAUGUGGACUUGAAAGCAAAGGCGUGUACAUCGCAAUAUCAUCGGAAGGGGAGGAGGUAGAUUAUGAGUAUCUUCGGUGGCUGGAAGUCCAUUGGUUUGGCAUGGUCGAUGGCCAGGACGGCGACUGGGUAGGGCUGUGGAGCCAUAACCCGGAAGAAGACCUCGAAGUACCACUGGAAGAGUACAAAGUCUCCACUGCGAACGGGAGCUUCAGGACAAUUCAGCGCUGGAAUGGAAGCCUCAUCCCUGACGACCUGAUUGGGACGCAAGAUAUAUGUCUUCCUUACUGGGUCGGUUAUGUGACUAAUGGAAUGUUAGCUCACUCAUCUUGCCUGAUGUUACGACCGCACUGGCUAUCAGGUCUGCGCGACAGUCUGAACGACACGAGGUUAUCGAAGGUGUUUCUGCCCGGAUCUCACGACGCCGGAGCUUCAGGGCAUUUCAGCCGCUCGGUCAUCGGGAACAUCGUGGGGCGCUGGACCUUCACCCAGGACGAGAGCUUGUGGCAGCAACUGGUGCUUGGCUCCCGCUACUUGGACAUGAGGAUCGCUUAUUACAAUAACACGCAGGAAAAGUUUUUCGUUAAUCAUGGGGAAAUUCGGAUCGCUCCACUUCAGGGUUAUCUCGACAAUGUUAGCGCAUUCAUGGACCAAACCGAUGAAAUUGUGAUAUUCGACAUCCACGGGUUACAACUUGGGUUUGACGGACAUCCUGAACGUCAUGAGGAACUGGUAAAACUCCUCGAAUUUAAUUUCAAGAAAUGGAUGGUCCCAAAGUUUCUCUCGCCAGACCCGACGCUGGGCGAAAUAUGGGCGAGCGGCGGGCGGCUGAUCGUCACGUACCCGUCCUCAGAAGGCUUAGACUCGCUCUACUUCUGGAAUAACGUCUACCACUUGUGGGGCAACGUGAAUCAGCUCGCGGAUCUAGAAGCGUUCCUUUACACCUCCGUCCCGCAAGAGGUGAAUCGCGGGUCCCUGUGGUCUUCCAUGGCGGAGCUAACACCGACGCCGCUGGACGUGACGCUUGACCGCUGGGGCGGACUCAGGGGCGCGGCGGCCAUCACCAACACGCCUGUCACGCAGUGGGUCAGGGAGGACCUGUGGGACCAAGUCAACAUUGUCGCGUUGGACUUCCUUCCCGCGUCCAACGUGGUGGCUGUCGCCAUUGAAGCCAACAAGGUGAAGGCAGAAUGUGUGGAAAAGCAGCUGACAGACCGCGCCCGGCGAUCGUCGAUUGUCAUGGGGGACUCUGUUGAGGGCGAUCAAAGUGCACCACGCAUUUGGCUGUGGGUGUCCGCCCUGGCUUCAGUUUCUGCAGAAGGUCAAGUGGCGCAGAGGCAGCUAGAAGUAAAUUGGGAAGUGUCAGAAGUGCUUGAAGGGGACUGGAUUGCUAUUUUUGACCACGACCCCGCUCUGGACAGUUCGUCGUCGCACGAGGGCUUUCACCCGGCCGCUGAGACGGGCUACUUCGUGGCGAAAGCAAGUCUUCCUCACGUGCGGGUUCACGCUUCGAUGGAUGAGGCUUUGUGUCUCGGCUGGUGGGCAGCCUACAUUCGUGACGGAAGCCCUCUGGCUGUGGAUUGCGUCAAGGUUCAUCCCCGAUGGAUGUCCUCGCUCAAAAAUCAGAUGUACGAUAUUCCCUUGCAUCAAGUCGCUAUCCCCGGCACGCACGACUCAGGGACAUACACACCCUACUCCUUAGCAGCCGAAAACGCGCUCAUGAAGUACGCAAUCACGCAGGACGAGAGCCUUUACAGCCAGCUUGUGUAUGGGAACCGCUACAUUGACCUCCGAGCUGGUUACUUGGUCGGCGACGCAGAGGAACCUUUCUGGGUCGUGCACGGCGUGACUGUGUGGCGGCCGCUCAGAAACGCCCUUCAGGAGAUAAAGGCCUUUGUGCAAGAGACUGGUGAGGUCGUCCUCCUGGAAGUGGGCGGAUUCACGUGGUUUGAAUCCAAGGCCACCCACGAGGGCUGCAUUUCCCUUAUCGUCGAGGAGUUGGGAGAUAUCAUGGCUCCGAAAAGUCUAGGGUGGAAUGUGAAUUUCGGAGACUUGUUGGAAUCUUCCGCAAGCCUCUUAGUCAUAUAUGAUCACGGUGAGGCGAGCGGCCACCUCCAGCUGUGGCCGCGAAUCGACAGUCGAUGGGCGAACGCUCAGUCAAUAGAUGGCCUCCAGAGCUACAUGGAGAAGGUCUUCGACGUCGACGGACCUCCACCCUCGCCCUGGACAUUGGGGGGUCAGCUGACUCCGCUCGCAGACGACGUCAUCCUCGAUACACUAGGGGGUCUGCGGACCAUGGCGGACGAGGUCAACAGGAACGUGACCCGGUGGAUGAGAGACAGAUGGUGGCAGAACGUCAGCGUGUUUUCCUGUGAUUUCUUCCUCUCCGCUGGCUAUGUCGAGGCUGCCAUCGAAAUCAACCUACGACGAUUGCUCUAAGAUUCUACCGUUUCUGAAUUUAUGCAUUUGUAUUUUGGGGGAGGAGGUGGGACAUUUAUUUAUUUAUAUAAACAUUAUCAGUUUGGAAAUAUAUUAGAUUCCGGCCACUUUCUGGGAUGCCUUAAGUUUAUAAUAGCUUAGACAGUGAGUAGUAAAAAAAUGGAUUAUGGUUAAUUUCAUGUUUUAUUUCUCAGGGUAUCCGUAUUCAAGUAUUUUUGUAAAACGGUAAAAUAAAGGAUAAUCAGCUGAAAA